AUGGAACCAAAUGCCAAAAUGUGUGCAUAUGAAGGAAAAGAUUUGGAAGAUGCGACAAUGUAUCGACAAUUGGUAGGUAGUCUGAUCUACUUAACCUUGACUCGACCUGACAUUUCUUAUGCAGUUGGUGUGAUGAGUCGAUACAUGCAAAAUCCAAAGAAGCCUCAUUUGGAAGCAGUUCGACGAAUAUUGAGAUACGUGAAGAGUAAAAUUGACUAUGGUUUUUUGUAUAAGAAAGGUGAAGACUGCAAGUUAGUUGGUUACUGUGAUGCUGACUAUGCAGGAGAUCAUGACACCAGGAGAUCAACAACUGGGUAUGUGUUUAAGCUUGGCUCCGAAACAAUUUCUUGGUGUAGCAAGAGACAGCCAACAGUAUCAUUGUCAACCACUGAAGCUGAGUAUCGAGCAGAGCAAUGGCAGCUCAAGAAAGUACAUGGUUGA